AUGAAUCUUCAUUUGAAUCUGAAUCUGAAGCAAAUGAGCAAUAUGAUCUAUGAUGAUUCAAGAAGGACCGAAGAAGAAGAAGCCAUUGUUAAAGGAGUUUCAAGAUCGAUGAGGGGAUUAUCAAAGUUCUACGAAGGAAAAUCUCAAUCAUUCACAUCACUAGCAAAUGUUAAAAGCCUUGAAGAUCUAAUGAAGAGAGGUUUUAAAAACAGAAAUUAUGGGGCAGGAAGAAAGGCGUGUAGGAGCACUGGAGGAAUAAUAGAUCAAAGCUACAAAAGGGUUUAUAACCCAAAAGCUACAAUCUCCAAGAAACCCACAAGAACACCUUCCUCUGCUCUCUCUUGUCUCUCCAGAAGAAGACAUUAG